AUGCCCUUGGACAUCGUUCUCGAGGUCUUCUCCCAUAUGCAUCCCCGUGAUCUUCUCACCCUCGCCCGUACCACCAGAUCCUUCCGAGACUUCCUCAUGAGUCGCAAGUCCAGGUCGUAUUGGAAGGCGUCCCGAGGUCUAGUGCCCCAUCUGCCGGACAUCCCCUCGUUCCUCAGCGAGCCCGCGUAUGCACAUCUCGUCUUCAACACCGCCUGCCACGCCAUGUAUGUCUGCUUGGAGACCAUUUCUGAGAAGACCGCUUUCGUGAAGCAUUGUGCGGAACUUGUCAAAGAGAGACUUGAGCACCAAGCCGCUAUGCUCAAAUACCAGAUGGCAGCUGACUGUGCAAGAGAAGCUGAAAUCGAGUCUCUCAGAAAAGCUCGAUUCGAGGAUAUCAAGCGACGUCUGAGCGACGAAGGAUGGGCCACGGACAUAGCAGAGAUGAACAUGUUUGACCACUACAAAUUGUCAAAGCUCCCCGGCGUGAACAAGAAGCAGCCCUUAACAGAUCGUGCCCUUUCGCGCCCUGCUGCUCUCGCCCCCGACGACGACCUCCCGCCCGCCGCCUUCGACGCCGCGCUCGCGACGCACCUGCCCGCGCUCGCAAGCGCGUGGCGCACGCGCUGCACCUUCGCCUUCGCGCAGCUCGCUCUAUGCUCACCCCCCUCCUCCACCACCGCCCCGCCCCGCCUCGCGGCCGCCGCGUUCUUGUGCACCGCCUGCGGCGCGCAGGGCCUGCGCUUCCCGCACGUCCUCGCCCACCGCUGCCUCUCCACCUACGGCGGCGGCCCCGCCGUCGUGUGGCCCCCACCGCAAGACCGGUACAAACGCGCGGUGCUGGAGUGGUGCGCGGCGCGCGGCGACCCGCCGCCCGCGCCGCCCACGGCCCACUUCUUGGUGGACGUGACGCACGCGGCGCGACGCGACGCGGCGGUGGCGUGUGGGGGUGACGCGGACGCGGAUGCGGGCGCGGAGUCCGUCGCGGCGCUCGAGGCGCUCGAGACGCGCGUCGCGUGCGCGGUGUGCCGCGGGCUCGCGCUCGUCGGCGCGCCGUACUGCGAGGCGUUCGCGUGGAAGAACGCGACGAUGCACACCGGGGGGCACGCGCCCGUGUGGACACCGCUGGACACGGAGACGGCGGGCGCAGUGCGCGCGUGCGAGGCCGCGAUGCCGCGCCGCGGGUUCGGGUGCGGGGAGUGCGGCGCGACGUGCGCGCACGAGCAGGCGGUCGUGGACCACUACGUCAACGACCACGUCGAACUCGCGCUCGGCUGGCUCUGCACGGGCGCGCCCAGGGCCGGGGUGGACUACUACGCGCUCCACGACCCGGUGCGGGUGUACUGCGCGGAGCGCGCGAGCGCGCUCGGCGGCGGGGAGCUCGUGCGGAUGAUCUACGACGUGCAGGAGAACCGAGGCGUGACGUCGUCCACGCUCUUUCCGGAGUUUGAGUCCGACUUUGAGCACCCUUGCAAGCAAGAAGAUACGGACGAAGGGGCGGACAUGGGAAGCGGGAAUCGGAUUCCGAAGUUCUACAGCGUUUUGUACUACUAG